AUGGCUACUUUUUUUUUCCCAUUACUUUCAAUUGCUUCUGCAAAAAUAAAAGAUUUAAGGAAAUGGAAUUAUUUUAAUUAUGAAUCCAAAACAUAAUUUUGGUCUGCUUAAUGUGGGUCUUUUUAAAUUUAUAGAAUAUUGUUGUAAAUUGUAAUUAUAGAGGAAUUCAUUAACUAUCCAGAAGCAUAAUCAAUUUUGCUUUCUAUGUUAUCAUAUAUGUAUUUGAUUUACUUGUUAAAGUUCAAACCUUUACAACUUCAUUUGAAAUUUCUAAAUUAAUUUGUAGAGGAUUCCUAAUUAUGCUCAUAACUGGAACAUUUUUAUUUAUAGUUUUGA